AUGUCAGAUGCCCUUGGUGUACGGAGGAGAGACUGUUGCCGAGGACUAUCACAAGUCUCAGAAGGCGGUGAAAUCGAUGUGCCAAACCUGAUCGGCCAGGGUCUCAACGUGAACCCGGGAACUGGGCUCGAGCCUGGCACCACGCAUCCGACGUGGAGGCUGUCGCGGAAGAUCACCACGAGUCGCAGAAAGUGGAGAAAACUUUUCGGGUUAUGA